AUGUUUUAACCUUCUUUAAGUUGGAGACACUCAAAGCCAAGUCAGGAAAUUAUAUACUGCUUUUACCCCUGGUUCCACUUCAUUUGAGAGAGAGAGUACCGGGUGUGUGUGUGUGUGUGUGUGUGUGUGUGUGUGUGUGUUUUUGAGAAUGGAAGCAAAAGAAGCUGAAGCAGAGCUACAAGGGCAAGCUGAUAUAUGGAAAUACAUGUUGAGCUUUGCAGAUUCCAUGGCAGUGAAAUGUGCUGUGGAGCUCCGCAUAGCUGACAUUAUAAACAUGCAUGGUGGCCCAAUGACCUUGUCCCAGAUAAUAGCUGGUAUUCCUGAUGCACACUCCCCAGAUAUCAGCUACCUCACACGCAUCAUGAGAUUGCUAGUCCGCAGAAAGAUCUUCACCACACAGUCAGAUCAUCAUCCAUCAGAAGGUGGAGACACUCUGUACGGCCUGACCCACUCAUCAAGAUGGCUGUUGCAUGAUUCCAAGAUGACCCUAGCUCCUAUGCUACUCAUGGAGGACCAUCCUUUGCUAAUGGCGCCGUGGCACUGUUUCAGCCAAUGUGUCAAAGAAGGUGGCAUAGCCUUUAAAAAGACUCAUGGCCGUGAGGUUUGGGAUUUUGGUUCUGUAAAUCCUGAAUUCAACAAAUUGUUCAAUGAUGGCAUGGCUUGUACGGCCAAUAUUGUGAUGAAUACUAUUGUCUCUGAGUAUAAAGAUGGUUUUGGUUCUGUGGGAUCAUUAGUUGAUGUGGGAGGUGGGACCGGUAGUGUGCUAGCUGAGAUUGUGAAAUCCUAUCCACACAUCAAAGGUAUUAACUUUGAUCUACCACAUGUUGUUGCUAUGGCACCCAUUUAUGAUGGAAUCACACAUGUUGGAGGAGACAUGUUUGAAGCCAUUCCAAACGCUGAUGCAGUUUUCAUGAAGUGGAUCAUGCAUGAUUGGAAUGAUGAAAGUUGUGUCAAGAUUUUGAAAAAUUGCCGAAAAGCAAUACCAGAAGAGACUGGAAAAGUUAUUAUUGUAGAUGUUGUGCUACAGCCAGAGGGUAACGGUCUAUUUGAUGACACAUGUUUAGUAUUUGAUUUGCUUAUGAUUGCACAUUCCUCAGGUGGCAAGGAAAGGACUGAACUCGAGUGGAAGAAAGUAUUGGAAGAAGGAGGCUUUCCUCGCUACAAUAUCAUCAAAAUUUCAGCUUUACCAUCCAUUAUUGAGGCGUACCCAAAGUGAUAUGGUUAUGAUGUAGUCAUUAUUAUAAUGUUACUAGUUUCCAACAUAUGUAAUGCAUGAGAAAGUUUGACAAAUAAAUUGUUAUCUACAUUACAGAUUAUUUUA